UUCAGUAAAUUUUAAUGUAGUGCAGUGCGGUGUUGUGCAAUGACUGUUUUUCCUACAAAAUUAAAACGAUAGUCUCAAAUUAUCAUGGGAAAAGUACUUUCAAUCGCUGCUCGGCAGGCGAAUCGAUUCAAUGUUGAAAGUCGUGCUGAAAAAGUGAUAUCGCAGUCUAAGCCAAAGCCAGCUCCCAAAUUCCAAUCAAACUUGAAGGAUCUCCAACGAGUUUUGGAUGAAAACCCGGAUAUACUUCAGGAGCUGAACAAAAAAAAUGUACCGCUGGACGAUAACUUGAAGCGGGUGUUUGUUACGUCAACCGAUGUGAUUACCGAGCCGAGUCGUAAGGAUCCGGAUAAGCCGUUACCAUUGAACAGAACAGCCAUUGAAGAGUUUGAAUACGGACAUUUGGAACCGCAGUCGAUACCUAAGGGCCGUUGUACAUUGCGGCAAGCAAUAGAAUUUAUUUCUAAGCAUCAAACAGAACCAGAAAUUUGGACGUCAAGCAAAGUGUCCGCUGAGUAUGCAAUGAAGGAAGCAUUAGUUAGCAAUAUUCUAAAACACUUUAAAACAUUUGAGCUUCAUUUACCAGAUAAAGCUGUACAAAAACGCAAAUUGUUGAUGAAAGCGGAUUCAAAUAAAACUAUUGAAUAGAUGCAAAA